AUGUCUGCAGAUGAUCCAAAUGCCAGCCUAGACCUCGAGUCUCACCAAAACGAACAUGGAUUUCUUAUGAACGAUGAUGUCUGCAGCUUUGCAUGGAGGAAUGUCACAGUCAACGUCAAGGACCGCGAAAGUGGAAAUAAAAAGAGCAUUCUGCAAAAUGCCUCUGGUUAUGUCGACCAAGGGGAGCUCAUGGUUCUGAUGGGCCCUUCGGGUAGUGGUAAAACCACUUUGCUAAAUGUCCUCGCGCAUCGAAACAGCAGCCUCGGGACAGCCGAUGUUGAAGGUGAAGUUCUUGUAAACGGGAAGAAACUACCGUUGGAUACUUUCAGGCACAUCAGCACCUACGUUGAGCAAGAGGAUGUCCUCAUUGGGUCUUUGACUGUCGAGGAGACUCUCUAUUUCGCCGCCCAGUUGUCUUUGUCAAGUUCAAUUACAAAAAAAGAGCGUUUGCAGCGUAUUAACAGCCUUAUGAAUGCGUUUGGUAUACAGAAUCAAGCGAAAACUCUCAUUGGAACGCCAAUCCAGAAGGGCAUCAGUGGAGGUCAAAAACGGCGUGUCAGUGUUGCCAGCCAACUUAUUACUCGCCCAAAGAUUUUGUUUCUGGACGAGCCUACGAGCGGAUUGGAUUCCACUGCCAGUUUCGAGAUCAUGUCCUUUGUCAAGAAUCUUGCUAUGAAAAACAAGCUUAUUGUAAUUGCAAGCAUCCACCAACCGUCAACCGCUACUUUUGAGACCUUCGACAAGCUGCUUAUAUUGUCUGCUGGAAAGACAUGCUAUUUUGGAGCAGGAACGCAGAUGAAACAUUACUUCGAUGGAAUUGGGUAUCCCAUGCCCAUCCAAACCAACCCUGCUGAGUUCGUUCUUGAUUUGGUUAGCACGGAUUUUGCUACUGAUAGGGAGGCGGCGGACACCCAACUUAAUCGAAUUCAUGAGACCUGGGCUAGCUCUUCAGCUGCGUCGAACGUCGAUAAUAUGGUAGAUUCACUAGUUGGAGUAUCGGAGAAAUAUCAAGACAUCCCCAUCCCAAAGGGUGGGAAGGUCAAUUUCUUAAUGACAAUCCUUACUUUACUUCAUAGAUCACUGAUAAAGAGUUACCGGGAUGUCGUUGCCUAUGGCAUUCGGAUUGCAAUGUAUCUUGGUUUGGCCAUCAUGAUGGGCACUGUUUGGCUACGACUGGGGGAUAACCAAGAACAUAUCCAGCCAUUUAUUAACGCCCUGUUUUUUGGUUCUGCUUUUAUGUCCUUCAUGGCCGUUGCAUACGUGCCUUCAUUCCUUGAGGAUAGGUCAACGUUUGUGAAAGAAAGGGCCAAUGGCCUUUAUGGUGCAGCAUCCUUUGUUAUCUCCAACUUCAUCAUUGGAAUUCCAUUCCUAUUUUUGAUUACCCUACUAUUUUCAGUCGUUGCAUACUGGCUUGUCAACUUCCGAAAUGGUGCAGAGCCAUUUUUCACUUUUGUGAUGUGGCUUUUCCUUGAUCUUCUUGCCGCCGAAUCCCUUGUCGUCCUUAUGGCCUCCAUGUUUCCUAACUUCGUAAUUGCCCUUGCGCUCACCGCCUUCGCGAAUGGCUUAUGGAUGAGCGUUGGAGGGUUUCUCGUCUCUCCAACUAUUCUCAAUGUAUUUUGGAAAUACGUUUUCCAUUAUAUCGACUACCAAGCCUACGUAUUCCAGGGAAUGAUGGUGAACGAAUUUGCGGAACGAACGUACAACUGCGGCCCAGGAUGCCAGUGCAUGUAUCCCAGCGAACUUGCUGAUCAGUGCAAGAUUGCUGGAACUGGUGUACUUCGUGCCUAUGGAUACAAAACCGGGAGAGAAGGAAAAUGGGUCGGAAUUUUGAUCGGCAUAACCGCAGUAUAUCGAUUGUUCGGAUGGGCGAUGUUGACACUGAGAAAAAAAUAG